CGUAUCAUCAGCGUGAACAGUGUCAGUUUUUCUGUUUGCUGGUAGCCAGAUGUCCUCCAUCACUGGGGAGCUGGAGGGGAAAAAAAUCAAAAAAAAAAAAUAGCAGAGCAGCUGCAACACUGAAAUGCUCACCAUAAGCCUAACCGAGGAAACGGGGCAACGCAGAUGUAUUUACAGUGUGUUUGCGCUGUUACAUUAAUCUACUACUGCUCCCAGGCGGACCGUACAUCAUGUGUGGCUUCACUGACAUCGGUGUCGUUACAUAUGCUGGAGCGUUCAGACAUCUGGGUGAAGCUGCGUGUGUUUUUUGAGCUCCUGUGCGUUUUGCUCUGAAGCCUAGUUAACAAGACUCGUCCGUCUGUUUGUCUCAUCUGAGGGCAAAGAGAUGGACCACUGUCCUGCAGGGUAGAAGCACUGACAACAAGCUGAGCUCCUAAUAAGGAAGGGCAGGCUGGCUGAGGCGCUCUCUCUGUAAAUAUCCCUCAGGUCUGAGAAAGACAGAGGAAGGGAGCUGGGGAGGAAGAGGGAAGCGGAUGGAUUGCAGCCUUAUAUGGACAAAGCACUGCUUUUCCCAGGGUUUGUGGCUCUAACCCCGGCAUGAUGCCAGACGCCGCAUUAGCGGCUCCUUGGCGCCACCAAGAGGGACGACUAAUGUGUUGCUACAGUUGAGCUGCGGGCGAAGAAAACAGACUGGAAAGCUGAAGACCUGUUUUAAGUGAAGACCACCUCCUCGCCAUGUCCUGUGACACGGACCCUUACAUCUUCACCACCGACACUCUACCCACUGACCUCCGCUUCCUGCCUCCACUGGCAAAUGGGCUCCUGGGCUGGAGGGUGUACAACAACAUCAUGCACAUGGGUGGUGUUUAUAAUGGAGAGGGUGGACGUUGCCACAGAGCAGACGUCCCCUGUCCUCUGGCUGUUAAGAUUGAGACAGAUGAGCCUGCCCAGCACACCUACAGCUUGGACACAGGCACAGGCAUUUUUACCCACACUCUGAGCUCAGCCAGCGUAACAGCCUCACAGGUUUUGUAUUCCCACCGGUACCACUCCAACCUCAUGGUGAUGGAGAUUCUGCUGGUGCGUCAGGUGACGUCUCAGGAGCCAAUCACCAUCAAGCUGGUCAGCUCAUUCACACCUCAGAGCAAAGACAUUGUUUUCGAGUCUGGUCCUGAUUACAAGGGAGGAAGCCACAUCCAAGGACGGACCAACACAGCCGAGUUCCCUGGAGGUUCCUGUCCAGAGGUGCACCUCAUCUGGACCCAUGUCCUCCCCACUCUGACGCUGCUACCAGAGCAGAGCCAGGCUCGUUGGGGCUUCAUCCUGGUUGCGGCCAACAGCUUAGACUCUGCUAAGGCCGGAUAUGAUAAUGGCCUGAAUCUGAUGGCGACCGGCGACCUGCGUCCGUCUCAUGAGAAGGCCUGGAAAGAGCUGUGGCUGCAGAGCAAGGUGGAGGUGGUCGGCUUGGACAGCCUCAGCAGGGCUGUGAUCGGUUGCAUGUUCUACCUCCUCAGCGCCUUCCCGUCCAUACACGACACCUCCAACUCCUUCGGUGGAGUCAGUCCAGGCGGGCUCUCUAAUGGCGGGGCGGGUCAGGACUACUGGGGCCAUGUUUUCUGGGACCAGGACAUUUGGAUGUUUCCUGGGAUAGCCCUUUUCUACCCAAAGCUGGCCCGAGCUGUGCUGGAGUACAGGGUGGGGACUUUAGAUGGUGCUAAAGACAACGCCCAGAAGCAAGGCUACAAGGGUGUAAAGUUCCCAUGGGAGAGUGCUGUGUCAGGGAGAGAGGUGUGUCCACAGGAUAUUUAUGGACAACAAGAGAUUCACAUCAAUGGAGACGUCACGCUGGCCUUCCAACACUACCUCUACCUCACAGAGGAUCUGUCCAUGUUCAGAGAGGGACAGGGCAGUGAGGUGAUCUAUGGCGUGGCUGAUUAUUGGGUUUCCAGGGCAACGUGGCACCCUGACGAACAGAAAUACCACUUCCUAGGUGUCAUGCCUCCUGAUGAGUAUUACUACAAUGUCAACAACUCUGUGUUCACAAACACAGUGGCCAAAUUCAGUCUCCAGUUUGCAGUAGAGUUGGCUGAUCGCCUCCAGCACCCUGCACCAAAGGAAUGGGGCCAAGUGGCCGAACGCAUCAAGAUACCAUUCGAACAAGAGUCCCAGUAUCAUCCUGAGUUUGAUGGCUAUAUUAAAGGUCAUCCAGUGAAGCAGGCCGACACGGUGAUGUUGGGAUACCCUCUUGGGUUGCCAAUGUCCCCAGAGGUUAGGAGGAAUGACCUCGAAGCAUACGAGCCAGUAACAGACCCUAAUGGUCCAGCCAUGACAUGGGGUAUGUUUGCCAUCGGCUGGCUGGAGCUCGGGGAAGCUGAGAAAGCUCAAACUCUGCUUGAAAAAUGCUUCAAGAACAUCCAGGGACCGUUCCAGGUGUGGAGUGAAUCAUCGGACGGCUCUGGUGCGGUCAACUUCCUGACAGGCAUGGGUGGAUUCCUGCAGGCUGUGCUGUUUGGUUACACUGGAUUCAGAGUUCAAAAGGAUUGCCUGGCCUUUUCCCCACUUCUUCCUAAUGACAUUGGUGAGCUUUGUAUUCGUGGCGUGAACUACCUGGGCAGACAGAUGGACUGGCUGCUGAGGAAAGAAGAAGUUCAUAUCAUACUGAGGGAACAGACGGGAAGCGCUGGCAACACUUCGUCUUAUAAUCUACAAGUUGUUCUGAAGGCAUCAGGAACUAAAAUCCCUCUGACACCAGGGCAGCCUGUGACUUUUCCUCGAGAACCCGGGUGCAUUUGCAAACUGGAUUAUAUACCUGCCUGCUGGCCUUUUUGAAACAGGAGCAUCCAUUAUCCUACAAGAUCCACCUGCGGAGAAAUGUCGACAUGUUAAACAAGUUAUUUUAUAUCAAUGCUUUAUAUCAAUGCUACUCUUACAUUAUGUGUUACCAUUCCCUUGAAUAGAUACAGUAUGCGUGUAGUUCCUUUAAAAUGGCAUUAUUCAUUUUUGACUGUAGCUGUCUGUAGGUCACAAAUAUGGAUUUAGAAAAUGUUUGUUUUGGUUUAAUAAAAGCAAAAAUGCACUAAGAAACAAA